GCCGCCGCCGCCGCCGCCGCCGCCGCUGCAGCUCGGGCCGGGAAGCAAUGUAGAGCUCCCAGGCCGUCCCCUGCCCUGCCCGGCCCCAGCCCCGGGGCCGCCGCCACCGCCGCCGCCAUGAAGAAGCAGUUCAACCGCAUGAAGCAGCUGGCCAACCAGACCGUGGGCAGAGCUGAGAAAACAGAAGUCCUCAGUGAAGAUCUAUUACAGAUUGAGCGGCGUCUGGACACGGUGCGGUCAAUGUGCCACCAUUCCCACAAGCGCCUGAUGGCUUGCUUCCAGGGUCAGCACGGCACAGACACGGAGAGGAGACAUAAAAAGCUCCCACUCACGGCCCUGGCUCAGAACAUGCAGGAGGCGUCUGCCCAGCUGGAGGAGUCCCUGCUGGGGAAGAUGCUGGAGACGUGUGGCGAUGCGGAGAAUCAGCUGGCUCUUGAGCUCUCCCAACACGAAGUCUUUGUUGAGAAAGAGAUCAUGGACCCCCUGUAUGGCAUUGCAGAGGUGGAGAUCCCCAACAUCCAGAAACAGAGGAAGCAGCUUGCAAGGCUGGUGCUGGACUGGGACUCAGUGAGAGCCAGGUGGAACCAAGCUCACAAGUCUUCAGGAGCCAACUUUCAGGGGCUUCCGUCCAAAAUAGAUACCCUAAAGGAAGAGAUGGAUGAAGCUGGGAAUAAAGUGGAGCAGUGCAAGGAUCAACUCGCUGCAGAUAUGUACAACUUCAUGGCCAGAGAAGGGGAGUACGGCAAAUUCUUCAUUACGUUAUUAGAAGCCCAAGCAGAUUACCAUAGAAAAGCAUUAGCAGUCUUAGAAAAGGCCCUUCCCGAAAUGCGAGCCCAUCAAGAUAAGUGGGCUGAGAAGCCCGCCUUUGGGACGCCUCUGGAAGAGCACCUGAAGCGCAGCGGGCGUGAGAUCGCGCUCCCCAUUGAGGCCUGUGUCAUGCUGCUCCUGGAGACUGGCAUGAAGGAGGAGGGCCUUUUCCGAAUCGGAGCUGGUGCUUCCAAGUUAAAGAAACUGAAAGCCGCUUUAGACUGUUCUACUUCUCACCUGGAUGAGUUCUAUUCAGACCCCCACGCUGUAGCAGGUGCUUUGAAGUCCUAUUUGCGGGAAUUGCCUGAACCCUUGAUGACUUUCCAUCUCUACGAGGAAUGGACACAAGUUGCAAGCAUACAGGAUCAAGACAAAAAACUUCAAGAUCUGUGGAGAACGUGUCAGAAGUUGCCACCACAAAAUUUUGUUAACUUUAGGUACCUGAUCAAGUUCCUGGCGAAGCUCGCUCAGACCAGUGAUGUUAAUAAAAUGACUCCCAGCAACAUUGCCAUCGUGUUGGGCCCCAACUUGUUGUGGGCCAAAAAUGAAGGAACGCUGGCAGAGAUGGCAGCAGCUACAUCAGUCCACGUGGUCGCGGUGAUUGAGCCCAUCAUCCAGCACGCGGACUGGUUCUUCCCCGGAGAAGUAGAAUUUAAUGUAUCAGAAGCGUUUGUACCCCUCACAACCCCGAAUUCUAAUCACGCAUCCCACACUGGAAACGAUUUUGACUCUGGGACCCCGGAGAGGAAACGGCCAGCCAGCAUGGCGGUGAUGGAAGGGGACUUGGUGAAGAAAGAGAGCUUUGGUGUGAAGCUUAUGGACUUCCAGGCUCAUCGGCGCAGUGGCACUCUAAAUAGAAAGCACAUUUCCCCCGCUUUCCAGCCGCCACUCCCACCCAUGGAUGGCAGUGCCUGGGCUCCCGCAGCCCAAGAGCCCUCUACCCAGAGCUCUAGGGCUGAUGGCAGCUCGGGGUGUGGGACGGUCCCCUCCACUGCAGGCACACUGGAGCAGGGCCUGAGCCCGGGCGACAGCAGUCCUCCAAAACCCAAGGACGGUGUAUCUGCAGCUGUCCCUGCACCUGGCAGAAACAGUAGCCAGAUAACCACUGGCCAAAACCAGGCCCCCGUGAGUGGCGGCUCCCAUCAGCUGGCAGUGGGCCCACCGCACAGCGCCGCUGGCCCCAGCCCUCACACUCUGCGCCGGGCUGUGAAGAAGCCUGCUCCCGCGCCCCCCAAGCCGGGAAACCCGCCCCCCAGCCACCCGGGAGCCCCUCCGCCGACGCCCAGCCUGUCCCCGAAGCCGGGUCCCCGCAGCCCCUCGCCGCCGCCCCCGGGCCCGGCCCCCGCCGCCGCCGCCGCGCAGCCCUCGGCGCCCGCCCCGCGGCGCCCGUCUAGCGGCCCGGGCCCCAUCCAGGCGCCCAGCCACCCGCCGCCGCAGCCCCCGACACCGGCCGAGCCCACGCCGCCGCAGACGCCCACGCCCCCCAGCACGCCACCGCUCGGGAAGCAGCACCCCGAGACCCAGCCGCUCGCCGGGACCCUCCCGAGACCCCGGCCGGUGCCCCGGCCGCGGAACCGACCCAGCGUGCCGCCGCCGCCACAGCCCCCCGGGGGCGCGCACGGGGACCCCGCCUCCGCCUCUGCCGCCACCGCCGCCAGCGCCAGCACCGCCUCUGCCUCCAAGAUCGUGACCGACACCAAUUCUAGGGUUUCCGAGCCGCUUCGUACCAUCUUUCCAGAGCUGCCCUCGGACUCAGCAGGCAGGGAGGUGCCCGGCCACAUCCUUCUGGACAUAGACAAUGACACAGAAAGCACAGCCUUGUGAAAACCGCAUCCCGCAUCCCGCCUCAGCCUCCGCCUCCACCCAGGGGAGUUGCCUGUCUUCGAGACCAAACAGUGAAAAGCUUUUCAGUGCAGGAAGAAGGCCCUGGCGACGCAGGACUGGCCCUCCACAAGGCCCACGAGAGCGCCGAGGCCCACACUUGAAGCUGCAUGACCUGUGCUGUACUGUCUUGAAGAAGUUGGCUUUCUUCCCCCAGGACAGAAGUCAUGCCAAAAACAAAACACACACACACACACACAUACACACACACGCGUGCAUGUUACUGCCCGGAAGUACAUAGAAAGCUUUUGUCUGGGCUGGGUAUGUGGCUUAGUGGUAAGAGUGCUUGCCUAGCAUGCAUGAAGCCCUGGGUUCGAUUCCUCAGCACCACAUACACAGAAAAAGCCAGAAGGGGCACUG